AUGCCGAUCAAGCUACCCAAGAGCUUUGCCCGGCGGAAGUCUUCCGGGAACAUCAUCGAGCAGGAAGACACAGUUCAACAGUCUUCAUCAUUUCGUGUUUUUGAGCGACCGGAUGCCCGAAGAUCCAUGACAGAUGGAGUGGCGCUUACCAACCGCAUGAGUGAAGGCCACGCAGUUCCGGCAUUGGACGACGAGAAUAUCUUCGCAGGAACAGAACAACCCCUGAAUAAGAAUCGUGGUAUUACUUACGAGAGUUCAACUUCUACUCGACUCAGCUCAUCUUCUACUCUCCCUUCUUCCACAUCUACACCCCUCGAGGAUCCAUCCCCGCAUGCUAGAAUGUCCGAUAUCCCUGCUCCACCCCCGCUCACCGGAGCAUUGCGUGCUGCUGCAGGCAGGACAUUCUCCUUUGGUGGAAGAUUCGGAAAAUCAUCUGCGCCCCCUAGUGUUCGCAAUGCGACUCCGGAUGCAACCUCCAGACAUCGGGCCAUGACAAAUAGUACCGAUAACACAGCCACGCCGCCUCGACUAGCGGAUCCAGAGUUGCACUUGGAGAUGGAAACGGAAGGUGAUGCCGACGACUUUGGCAAGAUGUUCGAUAAUUACGGCAAGCGGAACAGUGCUCGGGAGCCUUCCCCUCAGCGACCUCAAAAUGCCUAUACUUCAUCAGUAUCACAUGCCUCGCCCGACUUUGAGAUGGAUAGGGUGACUAGACCCGCCCCAAUCAGCACAGAUCGAUCAGUCCCCGUGGAGGCUUCCCCUUACUCAUGGGGUAGCCGUCCAUCGGAAGAGGGCCUCCUCAGCAGCCCGCAGAGUGGUGAAUCAACAAGCAACAUUCGCUCGCCCGUUCAGUCCUCCACCCCAGAGCUAGUUACCGCAUACCGCCGCCAGUCACCAGCUCCCCACCAGAUGCUUGGGGCCACCACAACUCACCGUUCGUUAGCCCAGCGCGGGGCACAGGCAGACCCAGGUCUGCGGAGAAGUGGAGUUUAUUCUACCGCCGAUAUCAGCUCCGUUGACGACGAAGACGCGAAAAUGGUACGAAAGUCUCUGUUAUGGAGCAACCAGGGCAUGUCUCCGCCUCUUGAAAAGGGUAAGGUAGCAGCUAGUAGCUCCAGACCAUUGAGCAUCGACGAAGAGGAGUCCCUUUUCGCAUACCACGGCUCUCCCGCCCCUGUUCCGGCUCCCGUCGAUUCUGAUUCAAUCGCCGACAAUGCUCGACUUGCUGUCCAAUUCGCCGAAAGUAUUCCCCAGACUACUUCCCCAGCCAACAAGGUCAUGACUCCUUCUCAAUUUGAGCAUUAUCGCCAGCAGCAGGAACUCCGGCGAUCAAUCAGCAAUGCUUCGAAGAGUGAGGAUGGGUCUGAGGACGAUGAUGAACCGGAAGCUGAUGAGGAUGAUCUUGAGAAACAACGACAUGCAGAGCAGCAGCGGCGUAGACAAGAGGCACAGUUGUCUGUGUAUCGUCAAAGUAUGAUGAAAGUCACGGGCCAACAAGCCCCCUCGCCGAUGCUUCGUCCCAUGACUUCUAACAACAGUGCCCCUAAUCUUGCUCUUCGUAAUCCCGCGGACCGAUCUUCCAGCGGCAAGAGUAAUGCUGAGGAGGACGAGGAAACUCCCCUUGCCAUUCUUCAGGCCCACGGUUUCCCCAACCGUAACCGACCGCCUACUCGUCUGGCCAAUGCCACCUCUCACCCGAACCUUCGUGCAUCCAUGUUGCAGGCUCCUUACAGUCCGUCUGCCAAUUCCGUCACGGGAGGUGAUGGCAAUCGCGGUAGCUUGCCUCCAUUUGCUCGAAACUUGCCUCGAGAUCCUUACUUUGGUGCCAGCCUGGUCAACCCGACACAAAGAGAGUCAUUUGCUUUGGGUGGCGGCAUGGGUGGUGUUGGUGGUGGUGGUUCAGUGUAUGGAGGUUCUUCCUCGCCACAGCCCGCCUCCGGUGGUGGUCUUAUUAACGUGAUUGCCCAAGAGGAGCGAAACCGUGCCAUGAGAAGAGGAAGCCCAAAUACCCAAGCUAUUUACGAUAUGGGAACUAUUCCUCGGCCGUUCUCGGGCAUGUCCCAACAAUUCCUACCGCAGCAACAGCAGCCAAUCACUCCAUCAGAGCAAGCUCAGGUGCAACUAUCGCAGAGUAUGGCCAAUAUGAUGCAGGUACAGAUGCAAUGGAUGCAACAGAUGAUGCAAAUGCAGGGCGGCGGACCACCUCCUAUGAUGACACCCCCUAUGAUGGGAAAUCCUCCCUCUACGAUGGGAAACCCUCCCCCGAUGAUGGGAAAUCCUCCCCCGAUGAUGAAUUCUCCAAUUAUCGGCGCAGCUCCUUUGCCAGGAACCCCCAUGGGACCUCCUAUGAUGGGAGGUCUUCCUCCUUCCGUCAUUGUCAACCAGAACAACAUGAUGAGACCUUCCUCCAUGCCCCAGCACCCAGGCUCAGCCCCCAAUCUGAAUAAUUACGAGCAGCGUACCCUCAGCAUGCUGGACCCGAACGUCGCCAUGCAGAAUGCCCACAUGAUGCCCAACAUGUCUGGUGGUUUCCGUCCUAGCACUCCAGGUGGUGGCUACGCAGCAUCAAUCGCUCCGUCUGAGCGAAGCAAUGCCGGCCUUGCAUCCCGAUAUCGACCAGUCUCCGUCAUGCACGCCGAGCCCAGCGAUGCCGCGCACGGUAAACGCUGGCAAGAUGAAAAUUACCAUCACUCGCCGUUGUCCUCUUCCCAGACUCAACCGAACUUGGCUAAACCGUCUACCCUGGCAACGGUAACUGUGCGACCCGUCUCGCACGCCAGCCACGCACUCCCAGCAACUCACAUGACACGCAAUGGCUCCGAUGACGAAAAUGACGACGAGGCCUGGGCCGAAAUGAUGAAAAAACGAGACAAGAAGAAGAGCAGCUGGAAGAUGAAGCGAGGAACAUCUUCCAUAGGAGACCUCCUAAGCUCAGCCGUCCACUAA